GAUGUUAACAGAAUCAAGCAUUGUUGGUUCGUGCCUUCUAUUCCUAUUUGCCCUUUAUGUGGCAUGUCCAUUCCUUUUCUACUACUGCAAACGUAUAAGAAAUGCUGGAAUGUUUGCAAACCGCCUCAACAUACCUCAUCCUUGGUUUUACAACCUGAAGGACCCGUCAUCAUUUGGAGUAGAGAACGCCCAUAAUGAAUCAUUAGUUUUGGAUGUUGGAGAGAUUAACAUUUGGUCAAUCACUACUAAUGUGCCAAGGUUCAAAGAUGAUAAGAGAACUGUGGUUCUAUACAGUCACGGAAAUUCUUGCAACAGAGCUAUGAGCCACAGAGUAGGGCUGUAUCAAAAAUUAAGUGCAAUGGGGGUUGAUAUUGUUACUUUUGAUUAUCGUGGAUUUGGUGAUUCAACCGGAGUUAUGCCUGAUGAGAACACUACUGUUCAUGAUGCUGAUGUUAUGCUUCAGUGGGUUCAAGACCAGUUCCCGGACCACAAUAUAGUUGUAUGGGGCCACUCUCUGGGCACAGGAAUUACUGUUAAAUUACUGUCCUCCUUUGACAAGUAUCCAGACAGACUUAUAGGAUUAAUCUUAGAAUCACCAUUUUUAAAUUCUGGUGAAGCAGGAAGGCACAUUCCCAUUGCCAAAAUCUUUGACUUAUUACCCUGUACAAAAGGAGUUAUCGCUCGAGCUUUGGAGGGCUUGUUCCCCACUGAUAAACUUAUUUCCAAAAUAACACUUCCAAUACUUAUUAUACAUGCUGAAGAUGACAGAAUACUACCUAUACACCAUGCUCGCAGCUUGUUUGGGGUAUGUGAGAACGAAAAUAUGAAAAAUGUGACCUUGAAAGUUUUUGAUGAAGGAGGACAUAAAUUUUUGUACACAAACAAUGAUGCUAUGGACGCUGCAUCAGAUUUUAUCUAUGAAUUGUGACAGAUUUAGACUACCUACGAUUGAUGCUCAAAAUCAAAUAGGAAGCAAUUUCAUUUAUUUUAAAAUUAAAGCAUGUUAGUUAAUUGUUAUAAUGCUGAUUGCUGACUUUAUUACAGACGUUAAUAUAAAAUCAUUUAUCAAAAUAAGAUGUAUGAUGACUUUUGUUUUCCCUACGAGAAUUCAUUAAAACUAGAUGUGUAUCAUUGAAAUUACUUCGAGAGAUGCUAAUAUUAUCAUAUAAAUUGUCAGUUUAUAUAUAAUAUUCAAUUAUUCGACUUAUAAUUUGCUCCAGAUAGAUAGAUAUACAUAAUUUUAGUUCAUUUUAAAGAUUCGUCUAAUUUAUUGAACAUUUUGUUUCUCGUGGGAAAGCAUAAUAUAUUCUUUGUUAAUUCUAUUCUAGUAUUAUUCCAAUAUCAAUUAUCUUAAAUAUUACUCGUUCUCUGUUAUUGUUGGUGGUUAGAGUACCUAACUGCAUUCAAUGUGAAAUUUUGAAACUCUAUAA